AUGCCACACGCUUUAAUCACUUUAGGCGCCGAUGUAUCAAAAGAAGUCCAAAAGGCUAUUGCUGAGGGAGCCAUGAAGAUCUUAUCAGAAGUUAUUAAGAAGCCGAUCAGUUAUUGUUCGUCGCAAGUAGUAUUAUCUGUUGGAGGAUUUGGUGGUAAAGUAGUGAACAGUGCUUUUGUUGAUAUAAAGAGUAUUGGUGGGUUAAAAGGAAAACAAGAAGCGUUGUCGGACAGUUUCUGCACAUUACUCACUGAGAAAGCUGGGAUAUCUGGUGAGAACAUUUACUUGAACUUCACCGAGAUGACGGGGUCAAACUGGGGCCACAACCAUUCAACCUUUUAA